AUGAGCGACAUCGCGUCUCCGAACAGCGCGACGAAACCGUCCGCCGCGAGAUCGAACGCCAACGGCGAUGACGCCGCGACGAGCGCGGGCGCGGCGCAGAGCGGCGACGCGCCGUGGUGGCGCACGAUAAAGGUGCCGCGCGUGAGUUUACACGAUGUUCCGGUGUGGGGGCUGAAAGUCUCAAAGACGUUCAAUCUGCGCGGACACGAAAAGGUGGACGAUAAGACGUCCGUCACCGUCGGCGCCAUGGCGGAUUACACUUCCAAGCAGGCGCACGUGUUCGCCAAGCUCGAGCACGAGCUCGGGGAGCCUGGGAAGAUCGCGGUCGACGUCACGGGCGUUGAGUUGCAAAAAAAGUUUGACGUUUUAGAGGGCAUCGCGCGCACGGAGGUGAACGUCGGGGUCGGAGUGAGUUGGGACGGAAGGCCGUAUAUUAAUUUUGACGCCAUGCCCCAGAGCGCGGCGAUGAAGGGGGUCGGGUUGGCGGCGGCGAUUCAGCAAGGACGAUCGAUCGAUCUGCGACCGACGCGACCGAUUGCGGAUAACCUGUCCAUCGAGGCUCCGUUUUCGUUGUACCGGGAUGGGACCGAGUUGAACUUGCAAGUGCACGGCGUCAUCGGCGCGUUGACGCUUCCGAAGACGGAUUUCUUCGUCGUCAAGGAGGAGACCGCGCUGGUGCGAAAGUAG